AUGACAGUGUUUAUGUUUGGCUGCACCAUAGAGUGGGUUCACUAUUACAACGUAUACUUGUACGUGUUUAUCUGGAUUAUGAAUGGAUUUUUACAAUCCACUGGAUGGCCUACAGUGGUUGCCAUAAUGGCAAAUUGGUUUGGACAUUCCAGUCGAGGCCUGGUGCUGGGUGUCUGGAGUUCCUGUUCUAGUGUGGGGAAUAUCAUCGGGGCGUUCAUGGUAGCUUCAGUACUCGACUAUGGCUAUGAUUAUGCCUUCCUGUUCACAGCGUCUGUGUUAUUUGCUGGUGGAAUUAUCAAUAUGUUUGGUUUAGUCACCACACCGCAUGAAGUUGGACUGCUGACUCCAGAAGAAGUAUCAUUACAAGUUAAUUCUUGUGAGGAAGAAGGGCCUCUGCUGAGUUCACACGUAGUCCACAAUGAGAGUGACGGGGUAGAAAUCACUGGUGCCAUCAGGCCAAAAGCUAUUGGGUUCUGUCAAGCUCUUCUGUUGCCUGGAGUUAUAUUGUGGAACUUUGUAUGCAUUGCAGGUGGAACUAUUGGAGGAUUCUUAUCGGACCGUCUUGAAAAGCGAGCUGUUAUUGUUAUUCCAAUGCUCGUCUUUGCUGUCCCUGCUCUGUUUGGUUAUGCUCAUUCUCCAGCUACACUGCUUGACAACUCUGUCAUCCUGGCUGUCACAGGGUUUUUCAUUGGUGGAGUAUCCAACAUCAUCAGUGCUGCCAUUGCAGCAGAUCUAGGUCGACAGGGUCCUAUGCAGGGAAAUUCUGGAGCUCUGGCAACUGUUACUGGGAUUAUUGAUGGAACAGGAAGCGUAGGAGCAGCUAUUGGCCAGAUUCUGGUGCCAUUUAUACAGCAACGUUUAGGAUGGCAGGCAGUUUUUAUACUUUUUAUGAUAGCUAUAUGUUUGACCGCAGUGUGUAUUUUCCCCAUGUUUGUUCGAGAGGUGAAGUCGCUGUGUGCCAGCGUAUCGUUUUCCUGGCAUAGAGGUUUACACAGGAGGACUGUGGUUUACAUUGAACCACCGGAACCCAAUACUCACUCCGAUUCAGAAUAAGCUGAAAUUGGUUUCCUUUUCAACUGCAAGACUGAUAACUGGAAAUGUUCCUGAAAGUUGUAUCCUUUGAAUUACUUUUAAGGGGAAUUACUGAAAGUUGUGGGCCUUGAAUUGCUUGUUUUUUGUACAAAUUGGUGCCAAAUUGCUUAGUGCUGUAAACUGACCAGUUCAAAAAGUUAACUUGAACUAACAGGAUUUUUUUCUAGUCAUAAUAACUUUCCUUUCUUAUUUUUCUUUCUGUUUUAAUUGUAAUAAUUAUUUAGAAAAAUAGAAAUACCUUUAGCCCAAUGUGCUUCUAAAAUUGUGGGUUGAGAUACAAAAUUCUUUUCUUUUUUUCUUUUUUUUUAUUUAAAGACAAAUUUUAUUUGGUUGUGACUAUGGAACGCAAUGUGUGUGGCUAUGCUAAAUGAUAAUUAGAAUAAUCAUAUAAUUUAAUGCUGAUUUGUUUUGUGGAAGUCGGCCUUUCCAUAAACACUUGUGUGAUAUUUUUGCACAUUCUAUUAUUAAAGCAUUUUUGCUAUAAUUUGCACUUUGUUCUCAAAAUGUAAACAGAAAAGAAAAUGGGACUUAGCAUACAUAGAGAACAACAAAAGAAAUGCAAAUGUUAAUUUAUAGUCCUUCCCACAGGGAACACCUUUUUUCAUACUAUGGAAUUUACUUAUUUAUUUCUGAG